AUGUCGACGACUAACCCCACGAGGGAAACCACCGAGUGGGACGACCUGCAAAGGAAGUAUGGGAAUUUGCCCCCCCUGGAGAAGGAGGUGAAAGAAGAAGAAAUAUACCUCAGCCAAUUGGAAAGACUGGAGGGCAUCAACCCGCUGGAGAAAAAGAACCUGCACGAACUGACGUUGCUGGAGGAGAGCUGCGUCGACGAGGAGUAUCUCAAAAUCAUCGAGAGGCACAAAACGAAUCGCUUAAAAGAAAUAAACAGAAGUAGGGCACUCGAUGUGUUUGGGGAAGUGUACGAAAUUUCAAAGGACAACUUUCUGUCCGAAGUUAACGAAGCGAGUAGGAGGAACCCCCUGGGUGAGCAUGGCGGCCGGUCGAUGGAAAGCACGCGGGGGGAUGACGAUUUAGAAGAGGAGGAGGAAGAAGCAGAAGUGGAAGGCGUCCAGGCAGCCUCACCCUCACAAAACACAGAGGGCACCCACGUCGUGAUCCACCUCUACUCAGAUAACGUCAUCGCGUGCAAAGUGAUCAAUAACAUCCUAAGUCAGCUAGCCAAAAAGCACAAAUACGUGAAGUUCACCAAGGGGGUCUACAAUCGAAUUGUAGAAAAUUACCCCGAAUCGAAACUUCCCACUGUUCUGAUUUACUACAAUGGUGUCUGCACACACCAGAUUUGUAACCUACUCAGCAGCAUAAAAGGAGGAGUAAACAACUUAACUUUGAAAACGUUGGAGCACUUUUUAGGAAAAUAUAACAUUUUUAGGUCCCCCUCAAGUCUGCUGAGCAGUGGAAAGAGUCUUAGUGACAACACAGCUCAUUCUAGUGAUGUCGACAGUGAAGAUGGAGGUCGCUAUGCUGAGGGAGAUACCGAUGGACAUCGAGAUCGUACGGAUCGAUAUGCUGAGAAGAGCACUCGAGUUAGAACAAACAAACAGUACACUUCUUUUAAUAUGUUUCGUACGAAGAAAACAAGUCGGGACUACUCCUCUGAUGAAGGAGGAUGGAACUCCAGGGGUUAUGCCUCCUCCAUGCUGGAUAGGAAGGUUAAUCGAAAGGAGUUCUAA